GGGACAGAAUGACAUUAACGGUGCGAAACGCUUGUGGUUGAGAGGGAGAGGGAGAGGGAGAGGGAGAGGGAGAGGGAGAGGGGGACACAAUAAAAUGAUUAAAAAUCUGGUAGAAAGGGAAGGCGAAAAGGAGAAUGGCGAUGGUGUCUAACUCUUCUUCCUCAUUUCCAAAGACUCAGAUGCCCCAAUCCCAAAUACUAUGCCGGAAGAAAGAGAAGGACAAAGGGGGCCAAAACCACCAGCCCUAUAAAGUCAUCGAAAUCACUCCUCCGCCCAAGAAUCUUGGCAUUCGCUGCUUCCCCUCUAACUUGCAGUGUGGAGAAAGCGUAACGAUUGAAGGGCGAGCUUACACGAUAUCCUCUGUAACUCAUCGCUACCAGCUCCGGAAAGGGAAGUAUGAACCUAGUGAGAAGAGGCUUGAUGUAUUAUCAACUGGAAGAUACAUCUUAAAUUUGUAUUUGGAAAAUUUGCUACAGCAAUCUUGAGUGUUAUUAGAAGAUAUGGAUAGAUCAUAGAUAGAUGUUUCAUUGUGGUGUAAGUAAUACUACUCUCCAAUUGGCAAACACUAUUGUAUUAGUGUUGGAUCAAUGUUUAUUCACACUUUUUCUUUUGAAC